AUGGAAAGAGGAGUUUCUCUAUUUAAGGAGGCAUUGUUAGUUUUCAAGGCACAGGACUCAAAUGUAGAACAAUACACAAAGGUUGCAGCAGCCGUUGAGAAUGCAAUCCAGUGCUACCAAGUCAUCUAUGAGAAGGAAAAAGGAGAUACUGCCCAGACAACACUGGAUCGUAUGACAGUAGAUGAAAUUGAAUCAAGCAAGGAGUCAGAAUCUGUGUCAUCAAUGUCAGCCCUUUGCCUGAGAAGCUCAGUCAUGGGGAAGACCACCACAGGCCAGAUAGUCAAUCUGCUGUCCAAUGAUAUGAACAAGUUUGAUCAGGUAACAAUGUUCUUGCACUAUCUGUGGGUGGUGCCACUGCGGGCUAUCAUCUUGACCGCCCUGCUCUGGAUGGAAAUAGGAAUGUCAUGUCUUGCUGUGAUGGCAAUUCUUGUUGUUAUUCUGCUUUUGCAAAGCUGCAUUUGGAAAUUGUUUUCGUCACUCUGGAGUAAGACUGCAGCUCUCACAGACAACAGGAUUCAGACCAUAAGUGAAAUUAUAACUGGCAUCAGAACAAUAAAAAUGUAUGCUUGGGAAAAGUCAUUUAUAGAUCUUAUUACCAGUUUGAGAAGGAACGCAAGUUUCAAGAUUCUGAGAAGUUCCUUCUUUAGGGGCAUGAAUUUGACAUUAUUUUUCGCUGUAAGCAAAAUCAUGAUUUUUGUCACCUUCAUGGCCAAUGAUAUCCUUGACAACCUGAUCACAGCCAGCCAAAUAUUUGUGGUGGUGAUGCUGUUCGAGGCUCUGCGGUUUAUGAGCAUCCUCUACUUCCCCAUGGCCAUUGAGAAGGUGUCAGAGGCCGUUGUCAGCAUCCAAAGAAUCAAGAACUUUCUGUUACUUGAUGAGCUAUCACAGUGCUACCCUCAGCUGCCAUCAGAUGGCAAAAUGAUAGUGGAUGUGCAAGACUUUACAGCUUUUUGGGAAAAGGAAUCAGAAACUCCAACCCUACAAGGCCUUUCAUUUACUGUUAGACCUGGUGAAUUGUUAGCUGUGAUUGGACCUGUGGGAACAGGAAAGUCGUCACUGUUAAGUGUUGUGCUGGGGGAGCUGCCCCCGAGCCAGGGGCAGGUCAGCGUGCACGGGAGGAUCGCGUAUGUUUCUCAGCAGCCCUGGGUGUUCUCAGGAACUGUGAGGAGUAACAUUUUAUUUGGGAAGAAAUAUGAAAAAGAGUGAUAUGAAGUAAUUAGGGCUUGUGCUUUGGAAGAGGACUUACAGUCUUUUGAGGACAGAGAUCUAACUGAGAUAGGAGACAGAGGAACCACACUGAAUAGAGGGCAGAAAGUCCGGAUCAACCUUGCAAGAGCCGUGUAUCAGGACGCAGACAUCUACCUCCUGGACGAUCCGCUCAGCGCAGUGGAUGCAGGAGUCAGCAGGCACUUGUUCGAACAGUGUAUUUGCAAAAUCUUGAGCAAGAAGAUCACAAUUCUAGUGACACAUCAUUUGCAGUACCUAGAAGAUGCAACUCAGAUUCUGAUACUGAAAGAUGGCAGAAUGGUGCAAAAGGGAAUUUAUGCUGAAUUUCCAAAACCUGGGAUAGAUUUCGAAGAUCUUCUUUUGAAAAAGGAGAAUGAGGAGGCUGAACCAUCUCCAGGUCCAGGAACUCCCACUCUGAGGAACUGGUCCUCCUCUGAGUCUUCAGUUUAGUCACUACAGCCUUCCAGCUCCUCAUUGAAAGAUGCAACUCCAGAAGACAAAGAUACUGAGAAUAUACAGGCUAUACCAUCACUGGAGAGCUGUUCGAUAAGAAUGGUUGGUUUUAAGAUCUACAAAAAUUGCUUCAGAGCCGGUGCUCACUGGUUCAUCAUCAUUUUCCUUAUUCUAAUAAAUAUUGCAGCUCAAGUUGCCUAUGUCCUGCAGGAUUGGUGGCUUGCAGACUGGGCAAAUGAAAAGAGUACUCUAUAUGCCAUGGUCUUCAGACAAGGAAACAUGAUUGUGAUGCCUGAUCCUGACUGGUACUUAGGAACUUAUUCAGGUUUAAUGGUAGCUACCGGCCUUUUCAGCAUCACAAGAUCUCUGUUGUUAAUCUACAUGCUUGUUAAUUCUUCACAAACUUUGCACAAUGAAAUGUUGGAGUCUAUUUUGAAAGCUCCAGUAUUGUUCUUUGAUAGAAAUCCAAUAGGAAGAAUUUUAAAUUGUUUCUCCAAAGACACUGGGCAUAUGGAUGACUCGCUGCCCCUGACAUUUCUUGAUUUCAUCCAGAUGUUUCUACUUAUGACUGGUGUCACGGGUGUGAUGGUGGGUGUGAUUCCUUGGAUUGCAAUACCCGUGAUUCCCCUUAGCAUUAUUUUCUUCCUCCUUCAGAUAUAUUUCUUAUGGAAGUAUGGAGAUAUCAAACGCCUGGAAUGUACAACUCGGAGCCCAGUAUUUUCCCACUUAUCAUCUUCUCUCCAAGGACUCUGGAGCAUCCGGGCAUACAAAGCUGAACAGAGGUUUCAGGAAGUGUUUGAUGCACACCAGGAUUUACACUCAGAGUCUUGCUUCUUACUUUUGACCACAUUUCAAUGUUUCACCGUGCGUCUGGAUAUCAUCUGUGCCAUCUUUUUCACUGUCAUUUGUUUUGGGUCCCUGAUGCUGGCAAAAACUUUGAAUCCAGGGCAGUUUGGCCUCAUGCUUUCUCUUGCCCUCACGUUAACGUGGAUAUUCCAGUGGUGCGUCAGGCAAAGUGCUGAAGUUGAGAAAAUGAUGGUGUCAUCAGAAAGGGUGGUUGAAUAUACGGAGCUUGAGAAAGAAGCGCCUUGGGAAUACGAGUAUCGUCCGCCAUUGGACUGGCCCCAUGAAGGAGAGCUUGCCUUUGAGAAUGUGAACUUCAGGCACACCUUAGAUGGGCCUCUGGUAUUGAAGGACCUGACAGAAUGCACUGAAUCAAAAGAAAAGACGGGUAUUGUGGGAAGAACAGGAGCUGGGAAAAGUUCCCUCAUUGCUGCGCUUUUUAGAUUGUCAGAACCCAAAGGCGGCAUUUGGAUUGAUAAUAUCUCAACAACCAGUAUUGGACUUCACCAUUUAAGGGAGAAAAUGUCAGUUGUACCUCAGGAAGCUGUUUUAUUCACUGGAACCAUGAGUUAAAAUCUGGAUCCCUUUGAUGAGCAUACAAAUAAGGAAUUGUGGAAUGCCUUAGAAGAGGUACUACUUAAAGAAACCAUUGAAAGUCUUCCUGGUAAGAUGGAUACUGAAUUAGUAGAAUCAGGAUCAAACUUGUGUGUUGGACAGAGACAACUGCUGUGCCUUGCCAGGGGUAUUCUCAGAAAAAAUCAGAUACUGAUUAUUGACAAUGCCACAUCAUAUGUGGAUCCAAGAACUGAUGAGUUAAUACAAAAAAACAUUCGUGAGAAAUUUUCCCAGUGCACUGUGCUGACCAUCACCCACAGGUUGAGCACCGUUAUUGACAGCGAAUGGAUAAUGGUUUGGGAUUCAGGGAGACUGGAUGAUUAUGAUGAGCCAUAUUGCAUGUUGCAAGAGAGAGACAGCCUGUUUUACAAGAUGGUGCAACAAGUGGGUGAAGCUGAGGCCGCUGUUCUCACUGAAAGGGCAAAACAGGUGAGCCUGCUGUGUACCUCUAAAGAUAUCACUCACAGUGACCAUGUGAUUAUGAAAACUUACAGUAGACAGCCUUCAGCCUUAACAAUUUUUGAGUCAACACUGUGUUUCUACCAUGAGGCGCUGGGGGCAGCAGGCGCGGGCCAGGCGCUGGGGGCAGCGGCUUGGCCUUCACCUCCGGGGACGCGCGGAGCAUUGACGGCCGGAGAGGCGCGGCCAGGGUUCGCACUGCUCCAGGCGGUCCCAGGGAGAAGCUGGAGUCCCUGUCACGGCGCCGGUCCGCUCCGCGGGAGUAGAGAACCCCCUGCUUUGGAGAGGAAAGCGCAGGCAGCCCGCCUUGGAGCCGCCUCCCGAGUCACCGGGGGGGCGCCCUCUACUCGUCGCUGCAGUAGCUACCUGGAGCCAGGAGCUCGGCCCCGGGUGCGGCGACAGCGGGACUCGGGGCGACCAGGCGGACUCUUCUGGGAGCCACAAGCAGAGUUUGCAGACAGGUGCCUGAACGCGGGCGCCCUGGUGCAGGACUCCGAGUGCAGCACCGUCCUACCCGCCUUCAUCAGCUGCGCCAGCAUCGUCUCCGCGCACCUGCGUGUGGCUCCUGUCUGGCCACCCCUUGUCCCGCUGUCCACACCGCUCCCGACUCAGGGCUCCAGGCGGUGGUGGCAGAGGCGCCUAGAGGGUGGUCCAGAAGGCUGGGAUCAGGCAAGAGCUGCCGCUCCAUUUCCAGAAGCAGGUGGUUCUGGGGUACCGCCUAGCGGACUGGCACUGUGGUUGAGCCUCCAGCAUCCCAGUCGGCGCGCCACCAUGAGCAGUCCGAGCAACUCCCCAGACAAAGCGGCGCCCGCGCCCCAGUCCACGCCGGCCCCGGAGCCCACGCCGGCCUCGGAGCCCACACCGGCCCCGGAGUCCACGCCGGCCCCGGAGCCCACGCCGGAGCCCCAGCCGGAGCCUUCGCCGGUCCCCGCGCCCUCGCCCGUGGCCUCUGACAAGACGCACUUGGUGUACCCGGAGGUGAAUCCCAACCCGCUGCUGCACUCGAACUUCUGCUCCCUCCUGUUUCUCAGGUGGAUAAACCCCUUUUUCCUAUUUGGUCAUAAAUGGAGAUUGAAAGAAAAUGAGAUACACUCAGUGCAUUCAGAAGAUUGCUCCAAGCACCUUGGAGAAGAGCUGCAAGGGUGA